AUCAAACCCCCCUGCUUCUAGUAUAAAAGCAGCUGCUCUGCCCCAUUAUUGUUACACAAGUUCCAAACCAUUCAUCAUUGAUCAUUCACUGGGGAAAAACCCAGAAUCCGAUCAUUACAUAUAUAUAAAUGGCAGCCUCAAAUUCUUCUAUCCUCUGCCACCUUCUCCUCCUCCUCCUCCUUGCAUUUUCCGGGAGGACGGCCGACGCUCGGGCUUUCUUCGUUUUCGGGGAUUCGCUUGUAGACAAUGGGAACAAUAACUACCUGGCCACCACUGCCCGAGCCGACGCGCCGCCAUAUGGGAUCGACUACCCCACCCGUCGACCCACCGGCCGCUUCUCCAACGGCCUCAGCAUUCCAGAUAUCAUUAGUGAGAAGCUGGGGAUUCCGGUAGCCGAGCCAUAUCUGAGUCCAUUGCUCACCGGAGAUAAGCUUCUGGACGGAGCCAAUUUUGCUUCUGCUGGAGUUGGGAUCCUUAAUGACACUGGCUUUCAGUUUUUGAACAUAAUCAGAAUUGGGAAACAAUUGGAGUACUUUCAGCAGUACCAGAAGCGAGUGAGUCAACUCAUCGGAGAAGAAGGGACAAAUCAGCUGGUCAAUGAUGCUCUAGUCCUCAUUACCCUCGGUGGCAACGAUUUCGUGAACAACUACUACUUGGUUCCCUUCUCUGCAAGAUCUCGCCAAUACUCUCUUCCCGACUACGUGCAUUACCUCAUUUCGGAGUACCGCAAAGUUCUACUGAAACUACAUGAUUUGGGAGCAAGGAGGGUGCUGGUGACAGGAACAGGACCAAUAGGGUGUGUGCCAUCAGAGCUAGCACAGAGGAGCCCAACCGGGGUAUGUGCCGUGGAAUUGGUUCGAGCAGCUGGCCUUUUCAACCCCCAACUGCGUGAGCUCAUUGCUCAACUCAACAACGAGGUCGGGGGCAACGUCUUUAUAGCGGCUAACACUCACCAAAUGAACAUGGACUUCGUCUCGAACCCCGCUGCUUACGGUUAGUAGUAUUGUUUGCUCAGUAUAUAUAGCCCCCUUUGUAUUAUUUUUUCUGUACACAUUGGCUCAUAAACUUAAUGUUUGAGCAGGAUUUGUGACAUCAAAAAUAGCAUGUUGUGGACAAGGUCUGUACAAUGGAAUUGGCCUAUGCACACCACUCUCCAACUUGUGUCCAGAUAGGAGCUUGUUUGCAUUUUGGGAUGGAUUCCAUCCAACAGAAAAGGCUAGCAGGAUCAUUGUGGACCAAAUCCUGACUGGUACAAAUGAGUACAUGCAUCCAAUGAACCUCACCACCAUCAUGGCCUUGGACUCUAGGACUUAGAAAUCAUUUAUGGCUGAUCAAGCUCCAUCAUUUUUUGUAUUGUUGUUUCGUCAUAUCAUGUCUUUUGUUCAUCUUAUUUUUUAGUUACUAUAAAUAUAUAUAAAUAUUUAUGAGAACUAGGUGUGAUUGAUGAUUGUAAUAAUAAUUCAAUAAAUAUAUGACUAUUUUGUAUUUCUAUUUUUAUGUUAUUAAGAUUAAUUAAUAGUUAUGGUUGGUUGCCUCAGAGAUCUGGUGUGAAUCAUGUGAUUGUAAAGUUACUGUGUUAUGUAGCUCAAAACAUGUAAAUAUGAUGCUUUAUAAUCCAAAUUUUAUUUUAUUUUCGAAAUAGUUUGGAAUAUUGCCACCAAU